AUGACUCGCAAGCGGUCCUGGAAAGAUGCAGAUGGCAAUAUCGUCAGUAAGAAGCCUCAGCUGGAUGAGAACAACGAACAAGAGACCGUUGCCAUCAACGAUGCAGCUCCUUUGCUUUCACCACCGUUGUCAUUUGGCACAGCAGAUAAUCAGGGUUCUGAUGCUACGAACGGGAAUGCCUUGGACAGGUCGCUGCCUCUCAGUCAGAACCAACCAGUCUUGACAGAACUGGACACUGCCGCGUUGACACAAACCGGGCUCUUGACAGACAUGCCCGAUUUUUCUGUGGACGACGAUCUUUUCGAGGAUGCGUUCAAUCCUGACACAGCGAGUUCGUUCAAUAUGCCAUAUACCACUAUGAGUAAUUACAAUUGGCUUUUCGACCUUGAUACUCAGCUGAACCACGACUUUACCUUGGAGAACAUGGACUGUGGUGCCUUUCCCCCAACGCAAACCGAGACAAGCUCCAACGAUAUCAUGCACUUCGAUUUGCUAGACUUGCCGCCUGAAACGAGAAUGGUGGAGUCACACGCCCCUAUUGCUCUCAUGGUCGAUCCUCUACAGCAUCAGAACUUAACGCCCUCUCAGACGUCUCCCACCCAUGCAGAUUCCGCUACUGCAUCCAGUCACACGACCUCGACUUCGUCGACCAAAGCGACAUCUAUGUCUUCUACAGAACGGUGCAAGCCUGUAAAUCCAGCAUCUCUGCGAAGAUCACCUCUUCCGAAAGGGUUGGAGAAACCUAUGAGCUUGCUAAAUGCAAACACCAGGUUGCCCAAGAUAGACGCUUUAGCUCGCUCUCAUAUUCUGCGCUUAGUUGAGAAUGUUCGGCCCGUUGCGCCAACAGGCGACUAUGUCACAGUUGAUCACACUUUUCUCGCUCUCCCAGCUCUGCAGAUCUAUUCUGAUCUCUUCUUUACAAGGUUUAACGCGACAUAUCCGUUGAUACAUCUUCCUUCUUUCGAGCCUGCCAAGGUGGAUACUCUCCUCCUCUUAUCGGUCUUACUGCUUGGUGCAACGUAUUGCGAGAAAGAUGCACAUCAGAUAGCGGUCUGCAUACAUGAUGUUCUGCGACCGCAAAUUUUUGCUCAUGCAAGUUUCAGUGCCGUUCCUGAGCUCUGGAUGUUGCAGACCAUCUUGCUUGUGGAGUGCUUCGGCAAAUCUCGAGCGGGACAGAAACAACACGACAUGUCCCAUCUUUUCCAUGGACUUUUGAUCAACCUGAUACGUCGCAGCGACUGUCAAACAGCAAAGCCAGAGACAUCUUUAGAAUUCAACGGUGAUCUUGAGGAUGAAUGGAAAGCUUGGGCCGAUGCGGAGCAGAAAAAGAGACUUGCGCUUCUCUGCUUCAUGUGGGAUACACAGCAUGCUGUGCUAUUCUGUCAGUCUCUCUGCAUGUCGUCUUUCGAACUGCGCUGUACCUUACCAUGCGACCAGUCCUUGUGGGAGGCAGAAUCUGCAGAGACUUGGCAAAAGCUACGCAAAACACAGACUCCUCCAAUACUCUUCUUGACUGCACUAAAAACACACAUCGGUACACAAGCGCCAAUGGUGACGCACAAGUUGAAUGCGCUAUCUCGGGUGCUUAUCCUACAUGGUCUCAUGUCCAUUGCCUGGGACAUGAACAGAAGAGAUCAGACAUCACUAGGUGUUGUUGGAAACGAUAUGCUUGAUGGCUGGAAGCAUCGCAUCGCGUCGACAUACGAUAGCUGGAAAGCCGACUUCGAUACAUACGUGAUGUCAAUCACACAAACACUUUCACAAUCAUCAACAUCUAUGACGCCAGCAGAACAGCAAGAAGCACGAAAAGGCUUUGCAAUGUUCUCGACAGCCAACUCUGCGCUAUACCAUGCAGCCUAUGUUGUUCUGUUCUCCGAUUUUUUGGACAUACAAAUAUACGCUGGUGCCAGACAUCUGCUGGGCAGACCAGUACGGAGAGAAGACUAUACUAGAUCGCAGCGAGUUGUGAAGCGAUGGGCGAACGAGCAGACUCAAUACGCUGCGAAAGCAGCAUGGCAUGCCGGACACAUCAUCAAGGAUGCUGUGAUGAAUCUCGAAGGGUUUGAUGCAGGGGGCUUGUUUAUCCAUCCUUGGUGCCUAUAUCUUGCAACGGUCACUGUGUGGAGUUAUCACCACGCGAGGCCUGGCGGCAAGCAGAGCAGGGGCUCGGAUGAUGAUGAAGAUGAGAUGAUAUGGGAUGCACAGGCGGACAUGAAUGCCUUGAUUGGUGGUAUGACCAGCGGCACAGCCGAACAGUUGGCUUCCUCCCAGGCGAGCAACAGGAAGGUAAGCACUGCUGGUUUGACAGCUGUCAUCUCGAAGCAACUGGGUAAAGUCAGAUGGGCUGUUGUUAGAGAUGGCAUGCUGGUUUUGAAAGGGCUUGUGCCCUGGAGAUUGAUCAACGACGCGGAAUGA